CAAAUUUAAGCAAAGCAAAGAAAGAAAGAAAAAGAAACAAUUUAAAAGAUCCGUCAAGAAUUAAAUAGAAAGAAAACAAUACAAGAAGUCUGUAACCCUAACCCUCGAUUACAAUUCACAACUUUCUCUCUCUAGAUUUCACCCAUUCUUCAGGAUUUCGCAUUCAAAAACUCGACGAAUUAUCACACGCAAAUUUCAGAUUUUCUGCGUCAAUUUACGUUCUUCGAAUUUGACAAGCAGAUAAGAAGACUGAAACACAACGAUUUUCGGCCAAAUUAAACCUUUUUUCGACGAAUUCGGAAACUUCGAUCUUUCAGAAAUUUGAAGGUUUGUAUUGGAGUAAUUUCAAUUUGAGUUUUACGAUUGAAAAUUUGCAUAUUACACAAAUUUCAGCACGAAUUCAGAAUUUAUCGUAAAAUUUCAAAUUUUGGGGGUUCAGUUGAGAACCCACUGAACCCCCCUUGGAUACGCACUGUUCGUAAGUGUGGUUUAAUUUGUUCUGAAAAUCCAUCUUUUUUGUCGAAGAUGGAGGAGUAGAAUUAGGUAUUGUACCAAUUUUGUUUAUGCUGGCGUUUUUGGUUGUUCCUCCAUUGAUACUAUUGCUGUGGUUUGGUACUUGUGUUCGUAUUUGGUUCCUUUAUUAAUCGUAGAAUUGGGACAAACUUUUUGGAACCCUAGUUUUUAACUGUACAGGGAAGUAGCUAUUCAAAUUCAUUUUUGAUAUAGUUUGAAGGGGAGUCUACUUUGGACAUCAAACAGACAUUACGUUCGAGUAAUCGACCGUUUUACGACUGUGGUAGAAGCGUUGUUAUCUGGAAAAUCAGAACUAAGAUUUUCAAGACUUUGACUGUGAGAGACCUCCGGAUAUCUGGUGCCAAAUUGUCGCCCGUUUCCUUAUUUCUUCGAUAAUAGAGUUGGCUAGUAGUUUUGCGCUAGAGCAUAAUAAGAAGGUUGACAUUGAGUAGGAUAUUGGUUAGAGAUUGUGCCUAUUAGAGGUUAAGAAGAGUUUGGUGGUGCCAGGUUUCUUGAGAAAGGAGAUUGAAGAAGAAGAAGGGGGAAGUUAAUCAGUGAUUUUGUUGGUACAUAUAUUAACAUGUUCAGAUUCUGUUAUGGAAAGAAGUGAACCCAGUUUAGUUCCAGAAUGGUUGAGAAGCACUGGAGGUGGCAAUUUAAGCCACCAUGUUUCGUCUUCAAAAACAGAUGGUCCAUUAUUGGCACUUCCUAGAAGAAAUAGGAUCUUGAAUAGCAGCAGUUACUCGGAUGCUCCUCACUCUUCUGUUCUAGAGCGGAGUUCUUCAACUAAUUCUCGAAGAAGUUCAAGCAGCAAUGGCUCUAGUAAGCAUGACAAGAACCCUUACUCGCGUUCCUAUAGUGGUUCUGCGAGAAAUCAACGUGCCAAAGAUAGAGAAAAGUUGGGCAUUCCUGACAUUUGGGAUUCUGAAUAUUCUGAUCCCUUGGCAAGCAUUAUUGGUGGGAGGACUGAAAAAGACACUUUAAGACGUUCAAAUUCCAUGAUUUCUAGAAGGCCGGAUGAGUUCAUGCAGCGUAAAUCCUUCACAGAUUUGAGAAAUAAAGGCCACAAUAUCAACGGCAAUGGAAAUGGACCCAGUUCUGUUGGUAAUGCUUCUACUAGCACUCAGAAGGUGUCAUUUGAAAGAGAUUUCCCAUUGCUUGGAUCCGAUGAGAGACCUACUACGCCUGAUAUAGCCAGAGUACCAUCACCUGGGCUGAGCAGGGGUGUUCAAGGCCUGUCCAUUGGGACCUCACCAUUGAUUGGCUGUGAAGGUUGGACAUCAGCUCUUGUUGAGGUGCCUGUAGUGGGGAGUAAUAGCAUUGCAUCUUCCCCUACCUUGCUGCCAGCUCCUUCUGCUGUUGCUGCUCCACCGUCUUCUGUUUCAACGUCAAGUGAGCCAGCUACUCCGAAUGGUCUUAAUAUGGCAGAAGCGUUGGUGCAGGGUCCUUUGCGACCUCAAAAUGUACCACAGCAACUUGUAUCAACUCAGAGGUUUGAGGAGCUACCUUCAGUUGGAACCAAGAAGCUGAUUCCUAUGACCUCCUCAAUGCCUAAAACCUCGGUGCUGAACCCAUCUGAUAAGUUGAAACCAAAGACAGCGGCAAGAUCUAUUGAUAGCGUGGCUGGUCCCAAGAAUGGGCUGCAGCAAAUGCCAUCCUUGCAGCUUGGUAGUCAAGCCGUUCGUGGUGGAAGUGGCCGAGUGGAUGGCCUGAAUUCAUCUUCUUCAAAGCUUCAGUUGCUUAAAACUGGUCGAGAAAAAGUUGCUUCUCCUGCAUUGAAGGAUGUUCCUGCUCAAGCAAUUAAAGUUACAAAUGUGGUUGCAAAUGGUCCAUCUACAGGUUCUUCUUCAGUUGCAUCCUUUCCAUCUAAAAGUUCAAAUAACAUGAAGCUCUCUAAAAGUGAGCGCAAGACAUCGGGUUAUAGUUUGAAUGGUGGACAAGUGAUGGAUAAGCGGUCAUCACAUGCUUAUCUUCAGAGUCGGAAUGAUUUCUUUAACUUGGUGAGAAAGAAUUCUAUGGGUGGCGUAUCUACUGUUGCUGACUCUGACUCUGGUGCAGUGAUCUCAUCUGCUGUGCUAAAUUCAGGCGAAGAGAAGGAACUGGCCUCUGAUCAGGCGAGUCUCACUGAAAAUGGCAGUGCGGUGAAUUGUAAUGGUGAUACUUGUAAAUUGUCUGAGAGCUUUUCACACCAAAGAGGCCGUGACUUGAGUCAUCAUGAACUCAUCCAUCCAGAGGAAGAGUUGCAUUUUUUACGUGCUCUUGGUUGGGAGGAUGAUGAUGGAGAUGAUGAAGGCCUUACAGAGGAAGAGAUAAGUGCUUUUGUUCAGAAGUAUAUGAAAUGGAGACCGGAAUCAAAGCUGCUUCAGGGCUUACAGUCAAAGAUAAUGGCAGAAUCAAGUUCUCCAGCUUCGUGUUCUACUGGUGCUUCCUCUGAACCGAGAACAGCUGAUUCUUCACUGUGAAGAUUCAAUUUUUGAUUCCUAUACUGCUUCAGAAAAAUAGUGAAAGUAACUCCAGUUGGGAACUACCUUUUUACCAGCCAACUCUUGCUUGUACGGGGGAAAUGAAAGUCCUUCGGAUGCUUGAAGGUAUACCAAAGAACAAGUGAGGAUGCUUGAAGGUAUACCAAAGAACACUCUUCUUUAUCCUACUAUGGUCUAUCUCUUCUUCGUCGGCGAUCCAGCGAACCCUUACUAUGUCGAAACCAACUCACUAACUAGAGUACCAAAGGGCACCGUAAAGCGCGCUUAUGGAAGGGACACAGCACUUUUACUUUUCAACAUUAGAUUUGUGUCCAACAUAUUUUAUAGAUGAGCUGAACAAAAUAAAAGGAUUAGCUAAUAUAUUUAGAUGUAACUAACUAAGUAAUUGCACUAAUUUACAAAAUUUUGAAUGCAAUUUUUUUUAUGGAGCCAGCCACAUCAUUGGUUGAAUGUCUGACUAGUUCAAACUCCAACAUAAGGUUAGCUGAAGUAUAUCAUGAGGUAACUAAUUAAUAUACUAGGGUUCCUUUAUAAUUAUUAGGGUUACUUAUCAA